AGAAUGGGCCAAGCUAAAUCAUUCUCUUGGGCCCAUAAGGUGGAAAAGCCCUUUUUAUAAACGCAGCCAUCUGUGAUUCUUUGAUUUGCUUUUCAAACCUUCUUAAAAACCUUACUGACUGUUUCUUAAAACACAAGUUGAUGUUACGAAUCAUAAAAAUGUAUUGUGAGUUGUGACUAUUGUCUAGAAGAUAACAAAAAUAUUGUAAGUUAGCAUCGUUGGAAUGAAUAAAUACAUAAAAGUAUACGAAGCUUUCAUUUAAUUAAAUCAGAGAAAACCAAAAAUGGUUUGGACAGGAGCAAUCACAAGUUUCUGAGCUUUUGUUCCUUGUUUGGUUUACAAAAGAGUCUUGAUAAAGGAACUUCUUUGAUUGGAGAGAUGAAGUAAACUCUCAUUAUACAUAUCAUAAUUAUUCUUCUUUUAUAAUUCCCAUUUUAACUUUAUUAAAAUCAUGGUAUUAUUUUAGUGAUUCAUUCCAACAUAUUAGGUGGAUGUCUACCAAAUAUUGUUUUCUUAUGUUUAAACUAAUAUUGUUUGACCAACUAUACUAUAGCUCAAGCUAUUCUUUUCAUAUAUUUGACCAUUGUCACUGAAAAAAACAUCCACUUCUGUAGCACCAUUAGAUCCUACAUUAAAAAUGAGACUGUGAAUGGAAUGUUUUAAAAGAAAAACACACUUUAAUUCAACCAAAACUUUAUGGUCUACAAAUUAAAAAGAAGGAGAGAAGAGAGGACCAGUAAAAUAUUAAAUAGUGGUCACUCUAAGGUUGGUGGGGGCUGGAGAGUAGUAACUUUGAGCCUUUUGACCUGUUGCGUCCAAAAACAAUUACACGUAUUAAAACACAGACAACAGAUCUUUCGUCUGUUUCUCUUUAUUCCUUUUUCUUGUCUGAUUCAAACGCCAAACAAGAAAAACAAAACAUUAGUUUUGGAGUAACUAAAAAAAAAAGCAGUUCAACCAAUCCCUUGUUCUUCAGAUUCUUACUCAGAAGAUCUUUUGACUUGUCUCCACAACCUUACAUCAUCCUGUCUGAAAAACUAGGUUCUUGUCUGUUCAAGUUUCAGAUUUGACCAUCUGGGUCUCCAAUUUCACUCCUCCUCGAUCAUAAAUUAAAAGUUGAUUCAAAAGAGAUCUCUUUUUUUAGAAACAUGAUGAGCAAAUGAAGGUUAGUUUGAUGAGAGAUGGGUUGUGUAUUGGGUCGACCCGGAUCGCCAGGAUCAGUAGUUAGCUCAAGGAUCGAGUCUAAUCGAAAGGAAGUAAACAAUGUCUCCGUGACUAAAACCGAAACCAUACAAACCACUAGUGUAGUUGUUGCUUCUGCUUCUACUAGUGAGGAGGUUGUGAAGAAUCACAAGGAAGAGAAUGGCACCAGAGAGAGGAAACCUAGAGGCGAAAGAAGAAGGUCUAGUAAGCCUGACCCGAGACGUAGCAACCCACCAAAGAACUUGCUCGGUGAGCAAGUUGCUGCCGGAUGGCCACCGUGGCUGUCUGAAGUCUGCGGUGAAGCUCUUAACGGAUGGCUUCCAAGAAAAGCUGAUUCCUUUGAGAAGAUUGAGAAGAUUGGAUCAGGAACGUAUAGUAAUGUGUACAAGGCGAGAGAUUCAUUAACAGGAAGUAUAGUAGCAUUAAAGAAAGUGCGGUGCGAUGUUUUGGAACGUGAGAGUUUGAGAUUCAUGGCUAGAGAGAUUCUGAUCUUGAGGAGAUUAGAUCAUCCCAAUGUCAUCAAACUAGAAGGUUUGGUUACUUCGAGGAUGUCGAAUAGUUUAUACUUGGUGUUCCGUUACAUGCAUCACGACCUAGCUGGUCUAGCUGCAAGCCCGGACAUAACAUUCACCGAGCAACAGGUUAAAUGCUACAUGAAGCAACUCCUCUCGGGGCUCGAACACUGCCACAACAGAGGAGUUCUCCACCGUGAUAUCAAAGGAUCAAACCUCCUUAUAGACGACGGAGGAGUUCUUAGGAUAGGCGACUUCGGUCUCGCGACGUUUUACGAUUCCACUAAAAGGCAAAGGAUGACGAACCGGGUUGUUACAUUAUGGUACAGAGCACCUGAGCUUCUUCACGGUGUCGAAGAGUAUAACGUAGGCAUUGAUCUGUGGAGUGCAGGCUGCAUUUUAGCCGAGUUGUUAUCAGGUAGACCGAUCAUGCCGGGUCGCAACGAGGUGGAGCAGUUGCAUAGGAUAUAUAAGCUGUGCGGGUCGCCUUCUGAAGAGUAUUGGAGGAAGAUUAGGCUUCCUUCUCAUCAGAGGCAUGCUCAUCACAAGCCUUUGCCUCAGUUCAAAAGAAAAGUGAGAGAGGUUUUUAAAGACUUCUCUCCUCAGGCGCUUUCUUUGCUUGAUACUCUUCUGGCUAUUGAUCCUUCUGAGCGUCAGACAGCUUCAGAUGCGUUGAUGAGUGAUUUCUUCAUGACAAAGCCAUUUCCAUGUGAACCUUCUGAUCUACCUAAGUAUCCUCCAAGUAAAGAGAUUGAUGCCAGGAAACGAGAUGAAGAGUUUAGGAGACAAAGGGAAGCACGUAAGGUUCAAGGAGAGAGCAGAAGAAGAAUCAGACUACCUCGAGAACGAGCUCAUCCAAGAGCAAUGGCUGCUCCUGAAGCCAAUGCCGAGAAUCAAUCCAACAUUGAUAGGAUGCGUAUGAUCACGCAUGCGAAUGCUAAGAGCAAGAGCGAGAAGUUUCCUCCACCGCAUCAAGACGGGGCGCUUGGUUUUCAAGUGGGAUCUUCACGGAGACUUGAUCCAUCAGAGAUACCUUUUAGCUCAAACUCGUUCACUGCUUCUUACUCCAAAGAGCCGCUUCAGACUUGGUCAGGCCCUUUGGCUCCCAUUGGAGCGUCUGACUCAAGUUCACAGAGGAGAAAGGAUGUUAACAAGGAGAGAAGAAUGGCUGCUAAGCUUAAAGGGAAAAGAAUCGUUGUUUAAUGAGAUUAUUAUUAUUAUUAUUCCUUUUUGAUAGAUACUUUGGGAAGAAAAACAGUGCUGCUUUUUUGGUGGGUUAUAUGUUUCUUAUUUGUGUAUUGAAAAUAACAUUCAAAAUGAGGGCACCUUACAUUAUAUGUAAAGUUUUUAGUUUUUGCUUCCUUGGAGAUGGUACUCAUGGAGAACUUGCUGUCAAUGUAAUUCAGGCACAUAGUUAUGUUUGGUUUUGUUC